AGCGCAGACAUAUUUUAUACAGAAUUCGGGUUUACUCAACAGUCUUUCGAGUAAUCACUACUCCAAACAUCAUCCCCUUCACAACCGCUCGACUCUUCAAGAUGGCCAAUCAUGCAGCAGCCACCCCGCUCCAGUCCAAGGACCACAAGACGCUGAUGGAUGUCAUCGACAAGCUACGAUCCAAAGGAAUCAAUCGUUAUGUGAACCUCCCUCAAAUAGUAGUUUGCGGCGACCAGUCCUCCGGGAAGAGCUCGGUUCUGCAGGCCAUCUCAGGCAUGACCUUUCCGACGCAGGAUAACCUGUGCACGCGGUUCGCAACAGAAUUGAUCCUGCGACAUACCGGCGAGAACGGCGAGGAGAAAUGUCACGUCUCCAUUUCCCCUGGAAUCGACCGCUCGAAGGAAGAACGAGCUCGCCUCGAACAGUUCCAGUAUUCCGAGAUCCCCGACCAGAACAAUAUCGGCGUUCUCGUGGAUAAAGCCAAGGAGGCGAUGGGCGUCGGCGCCGAUCGAGGCAGGACGUUCUGCCAGGAUGUCCUUCGCAUCGAGCUAUCCGGUCCGACGCAGCCACAUCUGACUAUCGUUGACCUACCGGGAUUGUUCCGCGCCGGGAACAAAGAGCAGUCAGCCGAAGACGCCGUGAUCGUAAAAUCGCUUGUGCUCUCCUACAUGAAAAAUCCACGGAGUAUCAUCCUCGCUGUUGUUUCAGCCCAGAGUAAUUUCGCCUUGCAGGAGGUUACGCAGCUUGCGCGGGAGAUCGAUGUUUGGGGCAUUAGAACACUGGGUCUCGUCACGAAGCCGGAUACGCUUGAUGUCGGUUCUGCGAGCGAACGCGAAUACCUCAAUUUAGUGAAAAAUAAGGAUGUCGUAUUUAGACUUGGAUGGCAUGUCAUCCGAAAUCGCGAUUUCAAGUCUAGAAAUGCCACAAACGAAGAGCGGGAUAAGGCGGAGUCGGCGUUCUUCGACGAGGGCGUCUGGGCAGGGUUGCCUCGGCCCCAGAAAGGCGCCGGAAGUCUGCGUGUGCGGCUGAGUGAGGUGCUCAAGGACCAGAUCCUCGAUCAACUACCGGAUGUUCUUAAGGAGAUACAGAGAGAACUUGACAACUGUACCAGGAGACUUGAAAAACUCGGCACGGCUCGUAGUACUCUCGCAGAGCAACGCAAGUUCUUGCUUAAUGCCAGCCACCAGUUUUCGAAUCUCAUUUCCGAAGCCAAAGAUGGAAUCUACCAGGACAAGUUCUUCGGAAAUGCCCGGUUAGAGGAGGGGUAUAAAAGACGUCUCCGUGCCGUCGUACAGAAUACCUUAACCGACUUUUCUGACAAGAUGCGCAGCGAUGGGAAGGCUAAGGAGAUAGUUGAACAAUCUGAGCCUGUGGUGUUAAGUGACGCAUCCAAUAAGACGUCCUUAAAGCCUAAUCAAGUCUCACGCAGCAAGUAUGUAGAACAGACUAAACAUUUAAUGAAGCGGACCCGUGGGUGCGAGCUUCCAGGCACAUACAACCCCUUAAUAAUCGGGGAGCUGUUCCAUGAGCAAUGCGUGCCUUGGAGAUGUUGGUUAGAGGACUUCUCGAAAAGGAUCUUCGAAGCGGUCGACUUCACCGUCAACGCGGUACUAACUCACGUCGUCGAUGAGGACACCAAAGUAAAGCUCUGGGGAGAGCUGAUCAACGACGCCCUAGAUCGGCUCAACCGCCAGCUUCGAAAGAAGGUAGACGAGGUGCUGCGACCUCACGAAGACGGGCAUCCCAUCACAUAUAACCACUACCUAACGCAGAACGUCCAGAAGAUUAGAGCCGGUCGGUUUAGAAAACGUCUAGAGGACGGUCUGCGGGAGUCGGGGAUUGCAUCUAAGUAUACCACAGACACUGAGGUGCUCUUGAAAAGACUUGUCGCGCAUAUCGAAGAAGACAUGGAGACAUUGGCAAGUUCGGAGGCAAUCGAUUGGAUGGAGGCCUACUACCAGGUAGCGUUGAAGCAAAUCGUAGAUGAUUUCAGCAAUCUCGCAAUCGAAGCCUCGCUAAUCUCACAGCUGCCCUAUCUGUUUACUCCGGAGAUUGUGUUCGACCUCAGCGACGACGUCGUGGGCAGGAUUGCCGGCGAAAGUUGGGAGACGGCGGAUGAACGCAGAUUCGUUACGAGUAAGAUGGAAAUCCUUAGAAGUGGAAUGACGGAGCUACAGCGCCUUGGCAAGCAUCAUCGGCGCGCAGAUGACGACACAGAAGCGAACAAUGAGGAAGAAUACGACGAAGAGCAAGAAUACGACGAAGAGGAAACCUCCGAAGAGCCACCCGAAGAGCCACCUUACCCCAAAGAGGCGCCUUACCCCGAAGAGGAAACUUACCUCGAAGAGGAUUGUGACAGUCCAGGUAUUAGGUUCGCGCCCUAUAGUGUCCCAGAAGCUACCUAGGUAGAAAGGUAAAUGAUACCUUGUUUCCAAACCGGCACCUCUCCGAAAUCAUCCGCGCUCCACUUAAGCCUACCCUUCUCAUCGAGCCAAGCGCCCUGGUCACUGGCCUUCAGCCCACGCUGCUCGUUUUCCGCAAUCUCGUUCC